AACACUGGUGUCAAUCGCCUCCAGAGUCGGAAUUUAUGUUUAUAAACAAACAUUGCCUCCUAAACGAAUAACGAUUUUGCAGCUAUCGUGUGUUACUUCACCGAAGAAAUAUUUUAUCGCCUAGUUCAGAAUAUCUACAAAAAUGUCCCGCAAAGAGGCACUCUCUCAAUUCAUAAAUCAGAUUCACGGUCGCCCGGUGGUGGUGAAAUUGAACAGCGGAGUCGAUUACCGUGGUGUACUAGCGUGUUUGGAUGGCUACAUGAAUAUUGCCCUGGAUCAGACGGAGGAAUAUGUCAAUGGACAGCUGAAAAACAAAUACGGGGAUGCGUUUAUUCGCGGUAACAAUGUGCUGUAUAUUUCCACCCAAAAACGGAGAGUGUAAUUAUGUGAGGUAAUAAAGGAAGCCAUUAUUUUGCUA